AUGCAGUCCCCCGUGCCAAUCGCCGUCUUCAUGCAGUCCCCCGUGCCAAUCACCGUCUGCAUGCAGUCCCAUGUGCCAAUCGCCGUCUUCAUGCAGUUCGCCGGGCCAAUUGCCGUCUUCAUGCAGUCCCCCAUGCAAAUCGACCAUUUUAUGCAGACCCCCGAGCCACUCGACGUCUUCAUGCAGUCCCCCGUGCCAAUCGCCCCUUUCAUGCAGCCCCCCGUGCAUUUUGCCGUCGUCAUGCAGUCUCCCGUGACAAUCGCCGUCUUCAUGCAGUCCCCCGUGCCAAGCGCCCCUUUCAUGCAGUCCCCCGUGCUUAUAGCCGUCUUCAUGCAGUACCCCGUGCCAAUCGCCGUCUUCAUGCAGUCUCCCGUGCCAAUCGACGUCAUCAUGCAGUCCUCCGUGGCAAUCGCCCCUUUCAUGCAGUCCCCCGUGCCUAUCGCCCCUUUCAUGUACUCCCCCGUGCCAAUCGACGUCUUCAUACAGUCCCCAGUGCCAAUCGCCCCUUUCAUGCAGUCCCUCGUGCCAAUCGACUUCUUCAUGCAGUCCCCCGCGCCAGUCGAUGUCUUCAUGAAAUCCCCCGUGCCAAUCGCCCCUUUCAUGCAGUCCCCCGUGUCAAUCGCUAUCUUCAUGCAGUCCCCCGUGCCAAUCGCUGUCUUUAUGCAGUCCCGCGUGCCAAUCGCCGUCCCCAUGCAGUCCCCCGUGACAAUCGCCGUCUUCAUGCAGUCCCCCGUGCCAAUCGCCGUCUUCACGCAGUCCCCCGUGACAAUCGCCGUCUUUACGAGUCCCCCGUGCCAAUCGCCUUCUUCAUGCAGCCCCCCUCGCAAUCGUCGUCUUCAUGCAGUCCCCCGUGCCAAUCGCCGUCUUCAUGCAUUCCCCCGUGCCAAUCGCCGUCUUCAAGCAGUCCCAUGUGCCAAUCGCCGUCUUCAUGCAGUCCCCAGUGCCAAUUGCCGUCUUCAUGCAGUCCCCCGUGCCAAUCGACCAUUUUAUGCAGACCCCGAGCCAAUCGACGUCUUCAUGCAGUCCCCCGUGCCAAUCACCCCUUUCAUGCCAUCCCCCGUGCCUUUUGCCGUCGUCAUGCAGUCCCCGUGA